GACUCUGAUGGUGGAGCUAAUUGUAGAUGAGCUUACUUAUAAUAAGGAUAUUUUCCACCCUUUUCUUCAGGUAUACGAUGAACCUAAAUGGAAGCUUGAAAUUGUUGUGCAGUACUUUUGGAAAUAUGUGGGAAAGAUGAUACAACAUUUAGUGGAGCAUUGAAGUGCUUUUUAGAUAUCACUGGCACAAAAAGCGUUGUUAAAAGAAUUGGGACUGAAGUAAUUCAGUUACUCUUAGUACAUGGAUUUCAGAUUGGGUGUAGCAGAGCAAAGUGGAGAGGUUACACGAUCUGUCUCUGGCCCAGUACUUCCAAGGUAUUAGAGGCUCAGCUUGACAGGAGCAUCAUCUAGAUCUUGUAAAUAUGUUCUCAACACCCUCAUGCAGACAUUUCAAAACAAGAGACUGGCUUAUGCUGUCAAGGAAAGCACUCUUGAUAGUCUAAUUACUGAGCUCCUUCUAUGGCUGUUGGAUGAGAGAGUUCCACAUAUGGAUGAUGGCAGCCAGCUUUUAAAAGCUUUGAAUGUUCUGAUGCUAAAGAUUCUGGAUAAUGCAUAUCGAACUUCAUCCUUUGUUGUUCUCAUCAAUCUCUUACGUCCAUUAGAUCCUUCAAGGUGGCCCUCACCUGCAUCAAAUGAGACAUUUGCUGUCAGAAAUCAGAAGUUCUCUGAUCUGGUUGUUAAAUGUUUGAUAAAACUUACAAAGGAAGGCAAUGUUGCCAACCAGAGGGAACAUCUAAUUCUUCUCCUUGCCAAUAUUCACAUUCAGAAAGCUAAUAAGCAGUCUGUCUUGAAGUUUUUGGUGGAUCCUACUCCAUUUUCUAGGAUCUUGCAGGCAAAGGACACCAAGUGAAUUAGAUAGAGAGGUUAAGAACUUGAGGGUGGCAUUUACUGACCUGUUUUUGAAGCAUAACACUUUCAAGAAACUGCAAAGCCAUCGAGAUAUUGAUGCAAAGAAUGGAAGAAUGUAUUUCACUAAUUUUUGUAUACAUUUCUUGUUUUGUAUUUGGUGAUAAAGGAAUUUGAAUUGGGCAUAAAUUAUGUUGUAAUAUGAUUUCUUAAGCCUAGACUAGUAGACUAAAUAUUGUA